GCUAGCUCAGUGUAAAUUUCCAAAUGCAGGAAGAAAGAAAUUUUGUUUGAAUCACCUAAUUAUCUCGAUAAUAACUGCCUUGCGUAUGCAGAUACCUUGCAAUGUCUAGGGGGAAGAUCAGGGCCUCUAGUGAAAUAUGUGCUGAUUGCAACGCCCAGGAUCCAGCAUGGGCAUCUAUAAAUCGUGGAGUUUUGAUAUGUGAUGAAUGCUGCAGUAUCCACAGAAGUCUAGGCAGACAUAUCUCACAAAUUAAGUCACUGAAAAAAGGAUCAUGGAGUCCUACACAGCUUGCAAUGCUUCAUCAGUUGGUCAGCUUUCGUGCCAAUGACAUCUGGGAGCAUACAUUAUUGGAGCCCACACAGAACAAACAGGGUCGUCGCAAACCAAACCCCAGAGAUCAAAUACACCCUACCAAGGCAGACUUUAUACGAGCAAAGUACCAAUUCUUAGCAUUCAACAAGCGUCCCGCCAAUGGUGAAGUGAGCUCAGUUGAAGACCUCAGCAAGCAACUUUAUUCAUGUGUACGCACCAGCAAUCUGGAGACCAGUCUUAGAUUACUGUCCUUGGGGGCAGAUGCUAAUUAUAUAAACAUGGAGCGUGGUAGCACUCCACUUCAUAUAGCAGCCCAAGCAGGCCAGACAGCCCAGGUGGAGCUACUAGGUGUAUAUGGGGCAGACCCUGGAGCUAUGGAUGUGUUCAGCAAAACACCAGCAGAUCUUGCAAGAGCUGAGGGUCACACUGACCUAGCGGACAGACUGGUGGAGUGUCAAUAUGAACUUACAGACAGACUUGCUUACUAUUUGUGUGAAAGAAAGCCAGAUCAUCGGACAGGCCAACAUUUUAUCAUACCUGAGAUGGCUGACAGCAGUCUUGAUUUAUCUGAACUAGCAAAACAAGCAAAAAUAAAACUACAAGCUUUGCCUAACAACCUAUUUGAAGAGCUCGCUUGUGAUGUUUAUGAUGAAGUGGAUAGGAGAGAAACAGAACAAAUAUGGCUUUCAACACAGACCCAACACAGUACAGCUAUGACUGAAAGACAAACAGUCCCAUUUUUACCAGUCAAUCCUUCAUUUUCUGCAACUAGAAAUCAGGGUCGCCAAAAGCUAGCAAGAUUUAAUGCAAGAGAGUUUGCAACACUAGUCAUUGAUAUACUGAGUGACGCAAGGAGACGACAGUGUGGCAUUACAAGUCCUGUACAUAUAGUAGAACAAGAAUCCUCAGAAAGUAAAAAACCAGUUGAGAAAAAACGUCCAAAUAGUCAGCGCGUUGUAAAGACAAGUAGUUUAUCGGACGAUGAGCCUCUCUAUGACACCGUAGCAUCAGAUGAGGAUUAUAGCAGUAUAGACAAUCCUGACCUAAAGGAGGAAGCUCUGGCUGAAACAGAAGAGGAGUCAAAAAGACCUGAGUUGAAAUAUGGGAUCGGGAUGCAACGUUUUAGUCCAUCAUCAAUGAUGUCUUUCUCUGAGAGUGCUACAUCAGACCAUUCAGAUGGACCAAUCACAUUAGAGGAAUAUCUUCACACCAAAAGGCAACUGGCAGAAUCUGAAAUGAGACUGAAACAGCUUUCUCACAAAGACAAGAGUAACAAACAAAAGAUAGAUCUGCUAAAUGACAUGGUUCAGAAAUUAAUGCAGGAAAAUGCUGAGCUUCGUUCUGGUAAGUUCCCUGAGACAAUACCCAAUGGCCAUGAGGCAACAGAUGCUACAGGGCAAGUGCAAUUGAGGGCACAUAGGGUCGCUGCAAGACCAGCUUCUAUGUUUGAGCCACGGAUGCAGAAAAAUACAUCUCAGUCAAAACAGAAAACCGCAGUCACUCUAAACACAGUUCAGCAGCGGCUAGUGGAGGACCAUGAGGUCCCUUAUGAAUGUACUGAUGUCACUACAGAUACGCAAGCUAGCUCUGGAGACUCGGACUAUGAUAAUGCAAAUAAAGAACCCAGCCCUGGACCAAGCGAAAUCAGUGAAACGGCAGAGGCUUCAUCAGUCGCUAGUGGUGUUGAACCUACAACAGCUCCAUCUGGUGAACAAACCAGUGAAGAUGAGAAACAAGACAAUCUCCCGAGUCAAGAAGAAGUUGUAAAGAAAACAGACAGAAUCACUAAAAAAAUUCAAGAACUCCUUCAUUCUGCACAAGAAGGCAAAGAUGAGAGUUAUAUUCCAUCAUCUGAGAGAAUUGAACUAGCUGUGAAGGAUAUGGCAUUUAUAUUCCCCGAGGAAAUAAAAUCAAAUAAAAUUGAACAUGCACUCCACCUAUUGGUUACAAGUGCAUCUAAGCUUAAGGAAGAGGUUCAGAAGCUACCAGCAGACCUAGAUAGACGCUUGAAAACACAACAAGUCAUACAAUGUGCUUACGAUAUUGCCAAAGCUGCCAAAAAUCUUGUACAAUUGUUCCAAUAAUUCAGUUUGUUCAGAUGUCAGCAGCUUAUUUUGCCUGAGUCCAGAUUGGGGCAUUUGUUGUGGGAAGUUGGGAACCAUUUUGGAUUUGUUGGAGUUGACUGACUACUUGUUUAGAUUGACUCACUCUUGUCCAACUUUAGAACUAAGAAAGACCAUUUAAGAAGACAAUGUGAUGUGUAAUGCAACUGGUGACUGCAAUCUGAUGAAUUUGGAAAGAAUUACCUGUACAACAAUUUUAGAAAACAUGCAUGAGUGUAAAACCUAUUGAGGAUGCUUUUCAGUACAUUUUCAGUUAUAUUUGCAAACUAGAAGUGUAGUUGUUGUCAAAUACAUUGGAAACAGAGAAUCCAUUUGAAGUAAUUUUCUGGUAGUAUAGAGAAUUAAAUGUCACAAAAUCAAACUUUGCUUAUAGUAUCAAAGAAAUAAGUUCAAAUAUCAAAAGUAAAUAUUUAAGGUCAAUGUAACCAGAAUGUUCAUGAGAGUCUCACAACAAUGGUUGUUAUGGUUAUAGUGAUUUUAAAAUUAGACCUGAAUACUCUAAAUUGCUUAUUUGACGGCCAUUUUAAUUUAGCGGAUUAAGCAGGUUGAUAAA